GCGGAGCCGGCGCCUCUGGACGCCGCCCGGACCCGCUGCUGCCCCAGGAUUGACCCACGGAGGGCGAGGGGCUGGGCUGGCACGAGGGGCCCCAUGGCACCAGGCGGAGACGGCCCAGCUGGGGGUUACGGACCCUGCCCCCUGCGCCCCACCCCCCGGUGACCCUCUGUCCUGGGAGUCCUGCACGCGUCCCUCGUCCUCGCACCAUCCCGCCUCCCUUGGGACCUUGUGGCCCCACUGACAGGCCAGUCGGCAGGACCCUCCGGGUGAGCCCACGGGGCAGGGGCCCCCCCUUCCUUCCCCACACACUUCGGGCUCCGGGACGCUGCGCUCGGGGCAGGGAGCUGUGUCCCAGGCUCCCCACCCGUGGGGCAGGCAGCUCCUCUGACCCCCUGGAUCAUCCCUGCCAGCUAGACCUCCCACGAGCACCCAGGGCUGCUUCUCUGAGGAGGGCGGAUGGGGUUGGGGUGAGGGGGCCCCACAGCAGGGCCCAGCCUGGGGCUAUGGAGACCCUGCCCCAGUGCCACCCCUGCAGGACGAUCCGCUUGGUCCUGUGGGAAUUGCAGCCCCUGCUCUGAGCGGAGCCCCCCCACGCCCGCCGGACUCUCCACGCCGGGGACCCGCUGGCACUGAGAAUGUGCAACACCACCCUGGUGAGCUGCAACGUGGAUUCCAAGAUCGACCACCUCUUCCCCCCCACGCUGUACAUCAUGGUCAUCACCAUGGGGCUGCCCACCAACUGCAUGGCCCUGUGGGCCGCCUACCUGCAGGUCCGGCAGCACAAUGAGCUGGGCAUCUACCUGCUCAACCUGUCCGUGGCCGACCUGCUCUACAUCGCCACCCUGCCCCUGUGGAUCGACUACUUCCUGCACUACGACAACUGGAUCCACGGGCAGGAGUCCUGCAAGCUCUUCGGCUUCGUCUUCUACACCAACAUCUACAUCAGCAUCGCCUUCCUGUGCUGCAUCUCCGUGGACCGCUACCUGGCCGUGGCCCACCCGCUGCGCUUCGCCAAGGUGCGCCGGGUCAAGACGGCCGUGGCGGUGAGUGCCGUGGUCUGGGCCAUCGAGAUCGGGGCCAACUCGGCCCCGCUCUUCCACAACGAGCUCUUCCACGACCGUUACAACCACACCUUCUGCUUCGAGAAGUACCCCAUGGAGGAGUGGGUGGCCUGGAUGAACCUCUACCGGGUCUUCAUCGGCUUCCUCUUCCCCUGGGUGCUCAUGCUCUUCUCCUACCAGGGCAUCCUGCGGGCCGUGCGUGGCAACGUCUCCACCGAGCAGCAGGAGAAAGCCAAGAUCAAGCGGCUGGCCCUCAGCCUCAUCGCCAUCCUCCUCUUCUGCUUCGCCCCCUACCAUGUCAUCCUGCUCUCCCGCAGCGCCGUCUACCUCAGCAAGCCCUGCGAUUGCAGCUUCGAGGAGAAGGUCUUCGUGGCCUACCACAGCUCGCUGGCCUUCACCAGCCUCAACUGCGUGGCCGACCCCAUCCUGUACUGCUUCGUCAACGAGGGGGCCCGCAGCGACGUGGCCAAGGCCCUGUCCACCCUGCUGCGCUUCCUCACCAGCUCCAAGCCCCAGGAGAUGGCCACUGCCUCGCUCACCCUGGACACCCCGCUCUCCUCCAAGAAGAGCAGCUUCUGCCGGCUCCCCACGCUCCCCCAGCCCCCGCCCCCGCCCCCGCCCCCCCUGGGCCCACCCGACGAGGAGCUGCAGAUGAAGAUCUUGACUUUCAACCCGUGAGCGCUCCCCAGUCAGCACCACGGCCCUGGAUGCAAACGAGAUGUAAAUACAGUAUUGUUCUUAAUGAUAAUAAUGCAGGGGCCCAGUGCGGUACGGCCAUGCCCAGUGAGGCCCCGGGGGGACGGCGCGGGAGGGGGCUGCUUGGCCUGACGGGGGCUCUGCCAGGACUGCCGGACACCUGGGUGCUGCAGGCACGUGAGAAAGGGGGAAUGGCCGAAUUACGGCUAGGUCCUGGGCAGGCUAGAUGAGUGUCAGGGUAGACAGAUGGACAGACAGAGAGGUGGGGGGGGGGGAGGAUGGAGGGAUGAUACAAACGGAUGUUUGGCGAUGGAUGACUGUAUGGGGAUAGACAGAUUGACAGAGGUGUGUGUAUAGGGAUGGAUGAUGCAGGGUGUGUAUGGCAAUGGAUGGAGGGGUGGGGGGGGGGGCUGGAGGCAUGGAUAUGUGGGGGCUGGAGCAAUGGAUGGAGGGGUAUAUAUAGGGCUGGGUUGACCCAGAGGCUGUGAAGAACGAUGGGUGGACAGAGCCACUGGAUAGAUGGAGGGUGUGACUGGGGCUGGCUGGAUGGAUGGAGAGUGUGACUGGGGCUGGAUGGUGUCACUGGGAU